GAUAGAAAUACCGUACGACGGACAUCUGUCACCUGUCGCACGUUAUCACGCAGAUCGAAAACGGUUAGUGGCCGUUUGGUGGUCAUCCACGCCAACCCUCACCCGCACGUGCUAUAUUGGUUCCUCUUCUCUCUCUCUCUCUAGAUGACCAAUAUGGCCCUGUUCUCGGUGUUCGGCCUGCUGUUCGGCGGCCAGCUGGAGGCCUGGGGGCUGGAGACCACGGGCGUGGCCGUCAUCAGCAGCACGAUGACCUCGGUGCAGAACUUCUCCGGUCUGCUGGUCGGGCCGCUGGUGAAGCGGCUGGGCGCCAGGGCGGUGUCGCUGAUGGGCGGCCUCCUGACCAGCUGCGGGAUGUCGCUGUCCUACUUCGCCACGGACCCCUGGCACAUCUUCCUCACCUGGGGCUUCCUGGUCGGCCUGGGCGUCGGGCUGCUGGUGCCGGCGACCUUCCUCAACAUCUCGGCCUGGUUCUCGACGCGCCGGUCGCAGGCCGUGGGCAUCUCCCUGGCCGGCACGGGGCUGGGCCAGAUCGCGCUGCCGCACCUGGUCCGCGUCCUGCUGGAGGAGUACGGCUUCCACGGCUGCGUCCUCAUCAUCGGCGCCCUCGCCCUGCACUCCAUCCCGGGCUGCCUGCUCUUCCGCAAGCCCAGGCUCAUACGUGACCCGGUCGAGGCCUCCGAGUCUCAGCCGCUCAAACCCAAGAAGGACAAGCCUUUGCACGAGCCCGUGGCGGCGCCCCCGCCCAAGGACGCCAAGCCGGCCCCCGCCGUCGCCGUCCUGGAGGGCGCCGGCGACCGCCACGGCGGCGUCCUGGCCGCCAUGAAGCGCGUGGCGCUCGCCAUGGACCUGGACCUGUUCCUCAACCUCCGCUUCAUGAACCUGGCCGUCGGCACGGGGCUGAUCUACACGACCAUGACGUCCUUCUCCAUGAUCUUCCCCUUCUUCCUGAUGGAGACGGUCGGCAUGAGCCGUGCCGUCACGGCCACCCUCAUGUCGGUGCAGUCCGGCGCGGACCUGGUGUCGCGCCUGCUGCUGCCGCAGGUGAUGGGCGGAGCCAAGUGCGGCGGCCACGGGCUCCCCGCCAGGACCGUCAUGAUCGUCGGCGCGGUGGGCAGCGCGGCCAGCCGCUCAGUGAUGGCGGAGCUCCGGGGCUUCACCGAGCUCAUCGUCAUGGCCGCCGUCACGGGCAUGUUCCGGGGCGCGACCGUGCUCAAUCAGAACCUCGUCAUCGCCGAGCACGUCCCGGCCGCCAAGCUGCCGUCCGCCAUCGGGCUGGCCAUGGUGGUGAAGGGCGCGUGCGUGCUGGGCUUCGGCUCGGCGCUCGGCGUGGUCCGCGACUACUCGGGCAGCUACUCCAUCUUCAUCCACUCGCUCACGGCCCUCGCCCUGGUCACCGCCGUGUCCUGGGCGCUCGAGUCGUUGUGCUGCCGCGCGAGCCGCCGUCCGGACGAGGACGCCGACGCCGGCAGAUGACCCGCGGCGGCCGCCGGCGCCGGCCGGUUCCCCGGGAGAGAGACAGACGGACUGAACGGCUCCACCGCGCGUCUUCCAAACUCGCGCGCGGUUCCUCGCGGACCGCGCGCUUCACCUGUAAAUACUAUCCCCGUGAAUAAAGAAUAAAUAGUUUUACACGUC